AUGAUUCCGCGAGCUCUGCUGAGCUGGCGGAAGAGAUUGGGGACUGUGCAUGGCGCGCGCGAUCAUAAGGCAGGAUCGAAACUCGCACGACACGCGGCGGACAUUUUGCCAUCGCACGCCGGGAAAGCAGGGUACGAGGCGCCGCCUGAAUGCGAGAAAGGCGCCGCGGCGAGUGCGGUGCAGUGGCGGCCGUGGAUCGUCCGCUGCGCGGCGGGGCUUCUGGCGCUCGUCGUCGUGCGAUUCCUGCUCGUCGCCAACGAGGCUUGGGUGGACAGCCUGGAGCUUCGAAACUUCUCCCCUCUGGACGCGCUGCCGGCGGUGGCGUGGGAGGCGGGGAGGAGGGUCCCCCUCGGCCUGGUUGCAUUGGGUCUGUCGACUCGCUUGUUCCAGUCUGUUCUGUGCAUUCUCUCGCUUCCUGAAUUCUUCCCCUCACCACACCCACCCGAGCCUCAGGCAUGGGUGGACAGCCUGGAGCUUUGGAAUUUCUUCCCUCUGCAGAGCCUGCCGGCAGUGGCGUGGGAGGAGGCCCCCCCGCGGCCGGGGUGCAUUGUGACUCUCGACUCGCGCUACAGCCCUGAGGGCGUGGCGGCCGUGGAAGCGGCUGUAGCGCGGCUGCUGAGGGAGCUGGGGGUGGAGGCGGAGGAGGUGGGCGGAGGGGGGGGAGGGAGAGAAGAGGGAGGGGGAGAAAGGAUUGGUGGAGAGGGAAUAAGGGGAGAGGGAUUAGGCGGAGAAAGAGUAGGGGGAGAGGAAGUAGAAAGAGAGGGUAUUGGGGCUGGGGUGGGCGAUGGGGGACAGGAAGGGCGGCGUGGGGGGAUCGGGGGACGGGAUGAGGGGGAGGUGGAUGGGGGAGAGGUGGGGAGGGGGGUGAGGGAUGGAAAGGGGAGACUUUUGAAGGAAGGAGGGGGAGACGGGGAGGGAAGGUGGCAUGGAGGGUGGAGGGGGAGGCGGCUGCAGGGAGGAGACGAGGAGCGCAAGGGGGAGGGGGAGGGGGAGGGGGAGGGGGAGGGGGGGCUGAACGGGGAUUCAAAGGCGGAGUUGGGGAAUGGGGAGGGCGAGGGUGAGGGGAAGGCUGAGGGGACGGAUGAGGGGAAAGGGGAGGGGAAGGAUGAGGGGAAGGAAGAGGUGAAGGAUGAGAACUCGAAGGUGAAGGAAGACGGGGGAGGGAGGGGCAGGGAGGCGAUGCCGGAGGCGUGGCGGCGGUUCUACUCGGGGCUGCCCAAGGUGGUGGAUGCGGAGGGGCACGAGAACAUGUGGAAAUUCCCCAUCUGGGUCGCCCUGGCCGUCAACAUGUGCGUGUGUGCUGCAGCGUCAUGUGCCUGUGUGCAAUGGUGUCGACAUGUGUCUAUGUGA